CUGCCCCCCCGCAUCCCGCGGCAUCCCGGGGCAUCCCGCGGGAGCGCUGCCCCGCGCCGGGGCGGUGGGAGGCGGAGGCGGGGCCGCGCCGGGCUCCACCCCGGCCCCCAGCCCACAUAGAGCGGCCGGGACGCCCCCGGCCCCGGGCGCAUGGCGCAGCGCGGGGGCUCCGGGAGCGCCCGUGGGAGGCGGGGGUCGCGCUGCCUUUCCCCGAGGGGGCUGCGGGCCGGCAGGAUGCUGCGGCAGCGCUGCGGGCGGCUCCUGGCCCAGCUGAAGCGGGUGUCCGAGCUGCUGGAGCUCAGCGGCAGCGUGGAGGAAGACUACAUCCAGAUCGUUCGGUGCUUCGAGACUAUGCGCCAGAGGUGCUGCCGCCUGGAGCAGGACGGGCAGCGGGCCCGCGAGCGCCUGGCCCGCGCCGAGGCUGGGCAGGCGGCGCUGGAGGUGAAGCUCAAGCACGCCCGCAAACAGGUCGAGGUGGAGAUAAAGAAGCGGCACCGUCUGGAGGCUGAACUGGAGAUGCAGGAGCGCAAACAUCAGCUUGUCUUAGAGUCCCUGAUGCAGGAGCCAUGGGGCAGCGGCAUCCUGACCAGGGAGCAGUGCUCCAUCCUCAAUGCCCUGGUCAGCCAGCGCCUUGGGGCAGCCCUGGCAGCAGGCAGGAGGUCAUCUGCAGUGGACGAAUCGUGCCAGUCCCUCCUGUCCCACUCGGACAUCAGCUAUGACCGCACUGAUGAUGAUGUGGAUGUUGAUGUAACGGUGGCGCAGACCCUGAAGCGCAAAGCCCAGGAGAGGCAGCGUGUGUCCCUGGCCCCUCAGAUCGGCCCUGUGGUGGUGGCGAAGCGGCACCGGUCUUCUGUGGCACCUCAAAACACUGAGUGCUCAGCUGUCUGCUCCAGGUUCCUGUGCCCUGCAGCCUGUAUCUACCAGGUUUACCCUGGCUGUGCUGGACCAGUGCCCUACAGCCUGUACACUCCUAUACCCAUGGCGAGUGUCCCCCCCGUGCCCACUCCUGAAGAGAUCACAGGCCCUGCUGGCAGCCUCCUGCCCACUGCUUUGUUGCCACGACGCUGCUCUCGCCAGGGACACCGUAUCUCCACACGUGCAGGGGUACUGGGGUCUCUGAACAUGCCAAAUGCCACUGUCCUAGGGCAGCUGGGAUGCUGCAGAGGCUGCCUGGAGGUAGGAAGCCUCCUCACAGCCCAGCCAGGAGCUGGGAUGGUUUGCCUUGCAGAGCCUGCUCUACUGCCUCCUCUCUCUGCAGAGCUGACCACUGCGUGGGGCACAGGUGAGGAUCCAAGCUGCCAUGCACCUGGACAGGAGAGCCACACCGUGGGCGGCUCAGAGGGGCAGCCAGUGCCAGCCCACUUCCCCUCUCCUCCACAAACUCUCCCAAAGCUCCAGCAUGAGUUCACCUCCAAAACAGUGAUCCGCCCUGAGCCUUGUGGUAUCUGCGGCUCCCGUAUCCGCUUUGGGAAGGCUGCCAUCAAGUGCCGCCAGUGCCAGCUGCUGCUACACCCCAAGUGCCAGGACCAGUGCCCCAGCCCCUGUGUACCUCGGCCUCACCACCAUGCCUGGCCUCGUGAGGGUGUGCUGGCUGACUUUGCCCCCACCGUGCCACCCCUUGUGCCUGUGCUGGUGUUGCAGUGUGUGACCGAGGUGGAGAGGCGAGGCUUGACAGAGACAGGGCUGUACCGGGUGCCGGGCACGGAACCACUGGUGCGGGAGUGGAAACGGAGGCUGCUGCAGGCAGGGGGUGCGCUGCCUGCCCUUGGCAGUGUGGAUAACAUCCAUGUGGUAUGUGGGGUGCUCAAGGACUUUCUGCGAGGGCUCAAGGAGCCACUGGUCACCUUCAGCCUCCACUCUGCCUUUCUGCAGGCCGCUGACAUCCCAGAUGAUGCUGCCUGCAGCACCACCCUGUGCCACUUGGUGAGCAAGCUGCCCCCAGCCAACCGGGACACCCUGGCCUUCCUUAUGCUGCACCUGCUCAGGGUGUCACACAGCCCUGAGUGCAAGAUGGACAUCCUCAACCUGUCCCGUGUGUUUGGUCCCACACUGGUGGGACAUGGCUCAGCCAACCCUACACCACUCGCCAUUAUGGAGGACACACCACGGCAGUGCAAGGUGGUGGCUCAGCUGCUCUCACUGCCACCCGACUUCUGGAGAGGCUUCCUGAGAACGAAGCAGGAAAACCCACUGCCACCACCAGCCCUGGGAGAUGAACGUGAGCCAUUCUUCCGCCCCAUCUCCUCCCCAGAUGCAAAGCUGCGCCAGCUGAGCCCAGGUGGCACUUGCUGCCUCCCCAGCAACCUUUGGAGCUGUGUGGGCACAGCCACCCAGCCCCCGCAGGGGAUGGGCCCGAAGAAGGUGGGUCGUUUCUUUCCUUCUCUGCUGUAGCCUGCAGCAGCGGCUCCCUGGGGACACUGAAGAGCUGGCACUGGAGGAGGAGCAAAGCCUGUGGGACCAGGCAGCUGCCUGUGAGCUGGUGGUGCUGAGCUCCAUACCCUACUGUGCUUGACUGGGGAGCAAAGCUGGCACUGCCCUACUGUGGUGGUGGCGGUGAUAAUGCCCCAGCCUGUACCUAGGGGCUGUUUGUAUUAAAUGUUUGUAGCAAAACAAGCUCUCUGUCCCUCCCUGCUGCUGUCAGGUACCACGGUUUGGGGCUACAAAGAGCUGUACUGACAGCACGGGGUGGGCAGUGCUCCCUGAAAACCCCCAUUUGCUGUGCAGGGAGGGCAGGCAGAGCCCCUCCUCGCCCUGCCCUCCAGCCCAGGAUUCAGGAGGCCCUGGCCUCAAAAGCUGUUGCUGCUCGGGGCAGGACAACCUUAAAGCGUUUCCAGACUUCCUGGCACCUUAGCGGAGGCCCCUUUAACUCCUUCCUCCCCUCCAGUCCCGGCGCUGGAGCUGCCAAGCAAGGCUGGGAUGCACAGCGCCUCCCCUCCACGAGGGGGAAGCUGGCUGUAACGGAGCAAGGGCCCAGGCAGGGCUUGUGCCCCAAAUAACUCGGCACAAAGGGAACUUGGGGGAAAAGGGACCUUACACAACAGGGCUGAGAACUGUCCCAGGACCACGUUCAGCAGCUGAGAAACCUUUGUCCAUACUA